AUGCCCCAUUUUUUCUGCCCCCUGAUUUACACGACGGAUGACUUCUUUGCGUCGUUUGAGGACAGCCGGUCCAACAUUCCGUCCGCCGUCAGCGCGUUUGGAAACUCGUCGUCAUCGUCUUCGUCAAAGCCAAAGCGCUCGGCCCCGCCCACGUCCGCACCACCACCAGCUGAUAUGGGCCGGUUUGCCAACGCCAAGUCCAUCUCCUCCGAUCAGUACUUCCGCAGCGACCAGCCAACUCCCGAGGAGCAGGCACGGCUGUCGCAGUUCAGCGGGCAGGCGUCCAUCUCCUCGGACAUGUACUUUGGCCGCGGCCAGCAGUCGUCGUCGUCGUCGUCCGGUGGUGGUGGCGGCGGUCGCCAGACGCGCGAGAAGCUGAGGGAGUUUGCAUCCAACCUCGUCGACAAGCUGCAGGGACAGAUACGGCUAAGCAAAUCGCCCCAAUAA